AUGUCUGACGUCGAGUCCAUCAAGGCCUUUGGCCCGGCCCGGUCCACCGUCCAGGGCGCCCCCCUGAGCGCGGAGGAGAUCAAGGACUACAACGACUACUUCAAGGCGAGCUGCUACCUCGCGCUCGGCAUGAUCUACCUCAAGGAGAACCCCCUUCUCCGGGAGCCCCUCAAGAAGGAGCACCUCAAGGCCCGUCUGCUGGGCCACUUUGGCUCCGCGCCCGGCCAGAUCUUUACGUACAUGCACUUUAACCGGCUGAUCAAAAAGUAUGACCUGGACGCCUACUUUGUUUCGGGCCCAGGCCACGGCGCGCCCGGUCUCCUGUCGCAGUCGUACCUCGAGGGCGUGUACUCAGAGGUGUACACAAACAAGUCGCAGGACGGCGAGGGCCUGCAAAAGUUCUUCAAGUACUUCUCGUUUCCGGGGGGCACGGGCUCGCACGCGACGCCCGAGACACCUGGGUCCAUCCACGAGGGCGGCGAGCUGGGCUACUCCAUCUCGCACGCCUUUGGCAGCGUCUUUGACAACCCCAACCUCAUCGCCCUGACCAUGGUGGGCGACGGCGAGGCCGAGACGGGUCCGCUGGCGACCUCGUGGCACAGCAACAAGUUUCUGAAUCCCAUCACCGACGGCGCCGUCCUGCCCGUGCUGCACCUCAACGGCUACAAGAUCAACAACCCGACCAUCCUCGCCCGCAUCCCCCACAAGGAGCUCGAGAACCUGUUCCUCGGCUACGGCUGGCAGCCGUACUUUGUCGAGGGCGACGAGGUCGAGAGCAUGCACCAGGCCAUGGCCGCCACGCUCGAGCAUUGCGUCCGCGAGAUCCAGUCCUUCCAGCGGAAGGCCCGCACAUCCGGCCAGGCUGUCCGUCCCCGCUGGCCCAUGAUCGUCCUGCGCUCGCCCAAGGGCUGGACGGGGCCCCGCAAGGUCGACGACAACUACCUGGCGGGUUUCUGGCGGGCGCACCAGGUCCCCAUUACGGAUCCGCAGAAGAACCCGGAGCACCUCAAGCUGCUCGAGGCGUGGCUGCGCAGCUACGAGCCAGACAGGCUGUGGGACAGCGAGGGACGACCAGACGCGCGCUUCCGCCGCAUGUGUCCCGAUGGUAACAGCCGUAUGACGGCGAACCCAGUAGCCAACGGUGGUCUUCUCAAGAAACCCCUCCGCAUGCCCCAGUUCACCGACUACGCGCUCGCGGUGGAGCGGUCGGGAGGCGUCAAGGCGGCGAGUAUGAGCAACAUGGCGCAGUUCCUGCGGGACGUGAUGGCGAUGAACAUGCACAACUUCCGGCUCUUUGGGCCCGACGAGACCGAGUCCAACAAGCUCGGGGCCGUGUACGAGGCCGGCAAGAAGGUCUGGAUGGGCGAGUACUUUGAGGAGGACGCCAACGGGGGCAACCUCGCGCCCGCAGGCCGCGUGAUGGAGAUGCUGAGCGAGCACACGUGCGAGGGCUGGCUCGAGGGCUACGUGCUCAGCGGACGACACGGUCUGCUCAACAGCUACGAGCCCUUUAUUCACGUCAUUGACUCCAUGGUGAACCAGCACUGCAAGUGGAUCGAGAAGUGCCUCGAGGUCGGGUGGCGCGCGCAGGUGGCCUCGCUCAACAUCCUCCUGACGGCCGUCGUCUGGCGCCAGGACCACAACGGCUUCACGCACCAGGACCCGGGCUUCCUCGACGUCGUCGCCAACAAGAGCCCCAAGGUCGUCCGCAUCUACCUACCGCCCGACGGUAACUGUCUGCUGUCUGUCAUGGACCACUGCCUGCGCAGCGCCAACUAUGUCAACGUCGUCGUCGCCGACAAGCAGGAGCAUCUACAGUAUCUCGACAUGGACGCCGCCGUCCAGCAUUGCACCAAGGGUAUCGGUAUCUGGCCGCAGUUCAGCACCGACGCGGGUUACGACCCGGAUCUUGUCAUGGCCAGCUGCGGCGACGUCUCGACGCACGAGUCUCUUGCUGCCGUCGAUCUCUUGCUGCAGCACUUUCCCGAACUCAAGAUUCGCGUCGUCAACUGCGUCGACCUCUUCAAGCUCAUCCAUCCGAUCGACCACCCGCACGGGCUGAGUGACCGCGAGUGGAUCGCGCUCUUUACCGACGACACCCCCGUCGUCUUCAACUUUCACUCGUACCCCUGGAUGGUCCACCGCCUGACCUACAAGCGGCCCGGUGCCCGCAACAUUCAUGUCCGCGGCUAUAAAGAAAAAGGCAACAUUGACACACCGCUCGAGCUCGCCAUCCGCAACCAGACGGACCGCUUCAGUCUCGCGAUCGAUGCCAUUGAUCGCAUUCCCCACCUCAAGAACAAGGGGUCCGCCGCGCGGCAGACGCUUCUCAAUGACCAGAUCGUCGCCAGGACAGAGGCCUUUGAGACGGGUAUGGAUCCGCCUCGUCUCACAGAGUGGGUAUGGCCCGAGGGCGGGUUGUUGAGCAAGAUUAGCCAGGCGGCGGAGGGCAAGAUGCCAGUGCGGACAAAGUAA